CGUAGCUUGAACACAAGUACGGGAGGAGCAUGAAAGCGAAGAUAGAUAGGCGAAGAUGCGGGACGCGGGAAAACGUGCGGCUCAAUUGCCACGGUGCAUGGAGCCCGUAGCUCAGAGUCCAAGGACCGGAGGCGAGCACAGUGCGCCAUUAUGCCUAAUUGUGGCCAAUUCACCUGAUUUGUGGAGGAGCUCGAUGAACCAAGGCUUACUCUCCAAGCAGAUCUCGCCCCGAUCUCACACCACGCUGUACGCCAGUGGAUAUAAGGACUGGGCCUCCUUUCGUUCAAAUCAGACUGAUCAUUAGCUUACGCUACAGUGCACCAUCAUCUCUUUAUUCCUCAUCAACUCUCCUUCAUGAUGGCACCUGCUGCUAAAUUCAACCCUCCUGCAGCCGAUCUGCCCGGAAAGCCUUUUGUGCCAGAAUGGAUCCCUCCACCUGUCACACAGCAGAAGGAAGACUUCGCCGAGCUGACUUCCAUUGACCUGUCUCUUAUGGACUCUGAUGAUCCAACAGUCGUUGAUGAUCUGGUGCAGCAAGUGAAGCGAGCUAUUCGCGAAGAUGGCUUCCUGUUCCUCGAGAACUAUGGCAUUUCGCUAGAGCAAUUGCACCGACAGUUCGCUCUCGCUCAAUACCUGUACCAAAAUAUUAGUGAAGAGGAUAGAGAACGUCUUCUGUUCAACCCCGAGACUGGUGUGUGGUCUGGGUACAAGCACCCUUAUGGUUUCAAGCGCUAUCGCGGACCUGCGGACGGCAUCGAACAAUUCAACUGGUACAAACCUGACUGGCAGGAUAUUAACCGCAUCCCCAAGUGCCUCCAUCCUUUCAUGGACGAGAUCGAAGAAUUCUGCAAUUACCUCACCAAGUCCGUAAACCGUCGCCUCCUCACACUCUUCUCUCGUGUCCUCGAGCUGCCCGACGACUACCUAUGGGAUAAUGUUCAGUCUCACGAUGGCCCGACCGGCGAGGGAUACUUCCGCCACGCACUCUUCCGCCCCGUACAAAAGCAGACACAGGAAGCAUCGAAGGGGCUACGUAUGCACGGACACACAGACUUCGGUCUUACAACACUUUUGUUCUCCGUCCCAAUCUCAUGCCUACAGAUCUGGGGCAAAGACGAAAAAUGGUACUACGUACCAUACAAGCCCGGCGCACUGGUCAUCAACAUUGGCGAUACACUAGAAAUUGUAUCAGGGGGGCACUUCAAAGCAACAAGACACAGAGUCUUCAAGCCUCCAAUCGAUCAGCUUGAUCAGGAGCGCCUUUCUCUUGUGCUUUUCAACAGCUCUCUUGGUGACAUGCGCAUGACACCUGCACAAGAAUCACCACUCAUUCAGCGCGAGGGUUGUGUUGAAGAUCAGGGUAUCUACAAGGAGUUCAAGAAGCGGACACUACAGGGCGAAAUUGUGCCUACCAACCGACAGUGGCGCGAGAUCCAGAUUGCUACCGCCACGGAUCCCACAGAUACUGUGCACAACCGUGUUGGCGUGCAUCAGGUCAUCAUCGAUGGGAAGCUCAUGCAUCAGCGAGAGUACAUGGGCGUCAAGGUCGUAUUACCAGUUUAGCGUGUAGUGUUCGCAUUGUAGUAUUGUACAUAGCUAUGCUCGAAUAAUUCGUAGUGGUCCGAUUCCUA